CCCCUCCCCUACGAUCAAACAACACUAGAUAGGUUUGGUUUGGUAAUUGAAUAAUUUUUAAUCAAAAGAGAUCACUGCCCAACGGAUCCAGAAUCAUAGAGAGAGCCUAGCUACUAGCCCCGCCGAAUCGUGUCACAGCAGAUCCAAUCUCCAUUUUCGAUUAUCUGGAGAGUUUGAAUAGUAAAUUGAAGAUCGAAAGUUAUAGCGAUCUGAGUUUUGGAGAUCUGUUUCCGAUGGCGAGGAAAGGGAGAUUAACGGGCUCGAGAGUAUCUUCCCUUGUGCUCUCAAUGUUCGCUACUUUCGCUUCCUUCUACGUAGCAGGCCGUUUAUGGCAAGAAUCACAAACUAGGGUUCAUCUUAUCAACGAGCUCCACCGAGUCACCGGACAGGGAAAAUCUGCCAUCUCAGUGGAUGAUACUUUGAAGAUCAUAGCUUGCAGGGAACAGAAGAAGACACUAUCAGCUCUUGAGAUUCAACUAAGUGCAGCAAGGCAAGAAGGUUUUGUUACAAAGCGUACUACUACUGAUGGAACCGAAACCAAGAAAAGACCACUAGUGGUUAUCGGUAUCAUGACAUCUUUGGGUAACAAGAAGAAAAGAGAUGCUGUUCGGCAAGCUUGGAUGGGAACAGGUGCAUCAUUAAAGAAAAUUGAAACUGAAAAGGGUGUGAUUGCUCGAUUUGUUAUUGGAAGAAGCGCAAAUAGAGGAGACAGCAUGGACAAGAGCAUUGAUGCUGAAAACAGUCAAACCGAUGACUUCAUUAUUCUUGAUAAUGUAGUUGAGGCUCCCGAAGAAGUUUCUAAGAAGGUUAAAUUGUUCUUUGCCUAUGCUGCCGAUAGGUGGGAUGCACAGUUUUAUGCAAAGGCCAACGACAAUAUCUACGUAAAUAUUGAUGCACUCGGAAGUACACUUGCAGCACAUUUAGGGAACCCGCGGGCUUACAUCGGUUGCAUGAAAUCAGGCGAAGUUUUCUCAGAACCGAACCAAAAAUGGUAUGAACCAGAAUGGUGGAAAUUCGGUGACAAGAAAGCAUACUUCCGGCAUGCUUACGGGGAGAUGUACGUUAUAACUCAUGCAUUGGCUAGAUUUGUAUCGAUCAAUAGAGACAUACUUCAUUCGUAUGCGCAUGAUGACGUCAGCACGGGCUCAUGGUUCGUGGGACUUGAUGUGAAACAUGUAGAUGAAGGAAAGUUUUGCUGUUCCGCUUGGUCCUCAGCUAUAUGUGCAGGAGUGUAGUAGGACCAAAUUUACAGAGAAGAACACAAGUGUUUGGCUUUGCGGCUUAUAGAGAAGCUCACAACAUAUUUGUCUGAAAAAGGCUAAUUACACCAUUUAGUGCUUAUGUAACUUUAAACUUUAUCAUCUUAUAACUACAUCCUUACCCUUUUGUGGGCGGCAUGAGGCAUUGUAUUAUGCUAUAAAGACUAAAGUGUAGGGUUUUGGAUGUGAGCGGUUUUACUUACCAAAAGUUUGGCUAGUUUUUUCAUAUCAAAUCUAUAAAAAUCUUAUAAUACGA